CCGCCGGAUCAGCCUUGGAAUGUCGAACUAAAGACGCCAGAUCUGGUACAUCCAUGGUGGGGUAGCUCCGGCGCGACAAAGCUACCCCUCUCUUCCGGAAUCAGUAAGCACGCUUGGGAAGCUCUAGAGUUCGACCGCACAACAAAGGCGAGCUGUCGAAGCUCCGUGAACUUCAUCACCCAACUAUCCUGAAUCCUCAUAACUGAUCCUGGAACCCCUCAGCCCCUUUUUCAUCGCCGGUGGUUUUGCUCUUCAACUAUCCGACCUAUUGGCUACUUCCUCUUCUCGUGCUCUACCAUUGCUUGAUUCAUGCUCGUCGGGUCAUUGAGAAGCUACAAUCACGUCACUUCCUCCGCCAGACUCUUCUCCCUUCACCAGCCCCGGUUACGGCGACGUUUUGUCUCCAGAUUUCCCUCCACCAUGUCGACCACACACUACAACGCCCUCAUCCUCGGAUCCGGCCAGGCCGGCACGCCUCUCGCGACGCAUCUGCGCGGCCUCGGAAAGACUGUGUGUUUGGUCGAGCGCGAGCACAUCGCUGGCUGCUGCGUCAACGAGGGCUGCACGCCCACAAAAACUAUGGUGGCGAGCGGUCGCAUGGCGUAUCUCGCGCGUCGAGCUGCAGACUACGGCGUGCAUUCCGCUAGAACCGGAGAAGUGAGCGUGGAUAUGAAGAAAGUGCGCCAGAGGAAGAGAGAUAUUGUGAACAGCUUCAGGGGAGGGAGCGAGCGGAGGUUGGAAGGUGCGGGGGUGGAUGUUGUCAUGGGGAGCGCGCGGUUUGUAACAGAGAAGGAGGUUGUCGUCGCACCUACUACUACUGCAGGAGCAGGUGAAGAGAAGAGGAUUAGUGCGGAUAACAUCUACAUCAAUGUGGGCUGUCGGCCGAGCAGACCUGAUAUUCCUGGCCUCGAUUCCAUUGAGCAAACGCGCGUUCUGGACUCGACAUCUAUCCAGGAGCUGGACGAGGUUCCUGCGCAUCUUGUCGUCAUCGGCGGUGGGUAUAUCGGGUUGGAAUUCGGACAGUUGUUCCGCAGGCUAGGAGCUAAAGUAACUAUUGUCCACCGUGGCCCACGCCUCCUUUCCAAGAACGACGACCCAGAAUUGGUGCACUGCAUGCAAGACAUCCUGCGCGAAGACGGCAUCGACAUCCUGCUCAACAGCUCCUCGACCUCCAUCGCCCCGUCCACAGAUGAUCCAAACCUGCCCACCACAGUCUCCACCUCGACGCCAGAAAAGGGCGAAGUCGAGCUAAACACAUCACACAUCCUCCUCGCAACAGGCCGCAUCCCCAACACCGACUCUCUCAACCUCCCCGCCGCGGGCAUCGCCACCUCGCAAUCCGGCCACAUUGCUGUGUCGCCCACCCUCGAAACGAACGUCGCGGGCGUCUACGCGCUGGGUGAUGUAAAAGGCGGACCGGCGUUUACGCACAUCUCGUACGACGAUUUCCGCAUCGUGCGGGAUAGCCUCGCACUUCAAGGAUCCAAGACUGAAGGCAGCGUGAAGACGACAGAGCAAAGAAAACCACACGUCCCCAGCGUCGUCUACACCGACCCGCAAUUCGCGCACAUCGGGCCCAAGUUCGGCGACCUGCCCCGGGGGAAGAAAGUCGUCACGUACAGUAUGCCGGCGAGCUGGAUUGCGCGGGGCUUGGAGACGGACGAGACGCGGGGCAUGCUCAAGGCGAUGGUGGAUGCGGAGACGGAGCAGAUUGUGAGCUUUUCGGCGAUUGCGGUCGAGGGGGGUGAGGUGAUGGCCGUCGUGCAGAUGGCGAUGCUGGGGGGGUUGACGUGGACGGUGCUGAGGGAGGGGGUGUUUGCGCAUCCGAGUUGGGCGGAGUGCCUCAAUAAUCUCUGGGGUGGGGAGAGGAGGGAGGUUACGGUGGAGUAG